CCAAAUGCGUAUCAAAAUGCACUCGGAACCACGAUCCGAUGGUUUUUGUUUGUUGUCAUUCACAUUCACUGCCGUUUCGUUAACACUUUGACGACAACGACGACGCAAACAAUCGAUCGAAACCAAUGAAAUCGCCUGCCAUUCAAACAAUUUUCGAUUAAGUUCAUUUUAACACAUACAAAAUACUUGAACGAUUUAUGACUCGAAAGUAUGCGCUCGUCAAAAUUCAAUCACAAUAAGACCCAUUCGCCUGUCGUGGUUAUUUACAUUCCAAUAAUAUAAAAGAAAUCUUUGUCGCUUUCGGUGAUCACGGCCUUUCUACCCGUAAUUUGACAAAUAAUCUCAUAGCAAACUUCAAACAAAACGCGUCAAUCGCUUCACCAAUAUUUAUUUUGCUUCAAAUAAACUUGAAUGAAAGAAGAAAAAACUCAUUCCGAGCACAACGGUCAAGACGGUGCUUAAAAUAUGCUGACAAAACGAAUAUUCAAUUCCUAGAAAAUGAAAACUACUUCACAGCAAAACGGCAACUCCAUGAAACUUCUACUUUUGUUUUUAAUAACUUUUUGUGUCACUUUCAUUCUAAUUUCAUUUCGUAAUAUUCCGAUGUCAUGUUUUUUGUUUUAUUUUUAAACAGAUUUUAUUUACUCACAUAAAAAUACCGUGCUUAUGGACGCUUACCGCUAACCGACCCAUUUUUCUGAAAAAAUUCGAAUCGAUUUCUUCCAAAGUAUGUGACAAAAUUAUUUGGAUAGUUUUAAAUCGUUGGAAAAUAAAUUGAAUUGGGUUUCAGUUCGGGGUUAUUUUUGUUUUGGAGUGCUAAUCAGAUUUGCCGACAGUCAUCACACUGUACUAUAAAUGUUUAUUGAGUCACGGAUAAACAAUUAAAAAAGCACAGAAGUGUUAAUGGGCGAUGGCAUUCGCGCACACUGUUAAUUGUGUGUUUUCUAUCUGCGCAAUUGCACAAUAAUAAUUAACUAUCACAAAAGAGAAUUUGCGUUGAGCAAUUUUUGGCAAAAUCUUUCAAUGUUUGAAAAAAAGUUUCAAAAAUGUGUUUUUUCAUUGUUUUGCCUUCAUUAGCCAUAUGACAAAAAUAUUUUAUGUAAAUUAAAGAUAAUCAUGUUACGUGAACAAUUCGAAACAUUGAAAUUUAACAUAUAAAAAUACAAGUCUUUGGACCCACUUGACAGCAUCGGAGUUAUUGAAAAAAAUCUCGUUUUCAAUUGAAUAAACCGUCGCGGAUGCUUUUCAGUUUGAUGAAAAAAAGAAUGAAUUUCUUGUGAAAUUCUUCAAGCAUGAACGGAGUUCGAUCGUUUCAGAAAAAAAGAUGAAUUCUGGUAAUUUGCAUAUUUAUUAUUUAUUUUUGCUGACUGGCUGGUUCUCGAAGUGUCAUGCAUUGUACUAAUACGUAUAAAGAAAGUGUUGUCACGGCAAAUGGGUUCUAUCACACGAACCGCAGAUGUAUUUUAGUCAAAAACAAUAUGUAAAUUUAAACCUGUUUGAUUAAAUGUUCAGAAAAUUCUCGCAAAACACAGAAAUGUAAAAUAAAUUUAGAAUUCUAUUUUUUCCGUUUAACAGCUCAACACACGAAACAGAUACCAAAAAUUUCAUUUGCCACCAUAAAAUCAUUCGCGAUUGCUUAUCACUCACAAUGACGAGCUCAUAAUCUCAUCAACUUAUCAUUACGUGUAUAUAUACCUAAAUAUAUAGAAACGAUUCCAAAUGCGUUUAUUUUUAUCUAGAAUCUUUACCAUAUUUGCUCAUCAUACUUGAAUUGCGAAUGAAAAAAAUAACUAUAAUGAUAUUGAUCAAGAACCGACGUUGCAUCUCUUCAUCAUCACGUUUUUUUCCUCUCUUUUUCUCACUCUUAAGUGUUUACAUGGGAACUUACCGAGAACUUUGAACCAGAUAAAAAAAAACCUAACAAUUUGCCCACUAGUGAAACAGUUUCAAUAAACACUGAAUAAACUACACACUGUGAUAUUUAUUUCUUUAAUGUUUUGGAAAAAAAAUCAAAGCAACAAACAAGGUCAUAAAAAAUAACAUUCAUUUCAAAAUGACAACUCAUUUUUUUCUGGUUAGCCAGUUCGUGUAUUCAGUAUUAUUCCAAGCGAGUUAAAGAAAACAGUGUUUGAGCUUAGAAGAGAAUCAGUGAAACCAACAGACAAAAUGCCAAAGAGCGUAUGAUAAUAAAUUGGAUAAACGAGAAAUAUAUAGGAAAAUGAAAUUAAGAAUUUGAAGUUCUAGUCUAAUGGAUCCAAGAUUAGAUAGGAAUCAGACUCAGGAAAGACACCGCCAACAAAACAUAAACAAAAAAUAUGCUGAUUGAAAGCAGUGCACAAUUUCGAUAAACAAUUUGACGUCGUAAAAUUUAUAGCAAUACUUAGAAAAACGAAUUCGACACAAUAAAAAUGGGAACCAGGUCGCAAUUCGACAAAUGGGUCAACACACCUCAAAUCAAGGCGCUGCUUUGGAAAGAUGUGCUCAUCAAAAAACGGCAACCGUGGCUAACCGCAGUUCAGUUCCUCUGGCCUUGCCUGAUAUUUCUAACCAUUUACAUGCUUCGGCUGAAAUUCAGCGCUUAUGACGUUGAUGAAUGCCAAUUUCCUACACGAGAACUGCCCGCACCAAAGAGCAUCUUGCCCUUUUUCCAGUCCUACAUUUGUUCCAUUGAAAAUGAAUGUUCCAGCACGAAAAAUUAUUCGGAAAUUUCCGAGUUUGACAAUGCACCUAUCACUCCAAUAGUGAAUAUAGUUCAAGCGUUCCUAAAUGAAGAUAAACUGUACCAUGCGAUCGUUGAUCUGCCGACCAGCGGAAAUUUCCUUGGUUCAAUCACGACCAUUGCAACGCAUCCUAGUUUCAAAGUCCUUGAAGACAAUGUUUCGAAACUCACGGCGUCUCUAGGUUUGAAUGGCUCGCCAAUCGAUAGCAGUUUUGAUAUUCAUCAAUUGUGGUCGGACGAUAUGACUUUCGCGAAAUCGGGCUUCCUUUUCUGCGGCAAACCAUUUCCACGUAGCAAUAAUAUUCGGUUUGUCGAUAGACUUUUUUACCAACAAGACUUUAACGGCGCUAACAAAGAGGAGUUGGAUGUCAUGCCAACGCAAUAUUGUAAGCAGUUGUACUUGGAUGUCACGAAUACGAACAAUGGAAAAAUUACGUGGAAUUACAUCAAACCAAUUAUCCAAGGCAAGUUUUUGUACGGACCAGCCAAUUCACAAACCGAUAAACUCGUACAAAAUGCAAACGACACUUUUUUGGCAAUGAAUCGCUUGAAAGACCUGGUAAAAGGGCUUGAUUUGAUUAUAAAACAAUUGCGAGUUGAGGGUCAAUUCCAGCGAAAGUUCAUGAACAUCGUUCAGUUGGCAAAAUCACCAUUUGUCCAAUUAUUGUUGGCCAAUUUCAAUGUUGACCCAAAAAUUCUGGACACAGUUUUCAAUGGACUACUUCACGAUAAGCAAGUGUCCGAUAUCAUUGAAACGGUAGCGAAUAUAUUCGAGUGUUUCUCUGUCGAUCGAUUCGUUGGAGUUGAUUCGGAGAAAGAAAUGGAAGACAUGGCGAUAAAAUUAAACGACAAGAAACUAUUCUACGCUGGUAUUUUCUUUGGCAAUGAUGGAUAUGACAAAGACAAGGAAUUUGCAUACAAGCUUCGAAUGGACGUUGACAAUACACCAAUCACGUUGGAAAAUCGUAAUCGAUUCUGGUUCCCCGGGCCAAAUGGCAACUUUGAAUUAGAAAUGAGAUACCACAGAGGUUUCAUUCAAAUCCAGCACAUAAUCGAUCAGGCGAUAAUAAAAACGGUGGUGGAAGCAGAAAAUGAAAUACGUGAACAGAAUUGGUUGCAAACAAGUACAACUACAACGACGACCGAAGCAUCUACAACGGACGAUUCUUUCGAGAGUGAUUCGGACUCGGAAAACAAAAGCAGUGAAUCCCAUUCAAACUCAAAUGAUACGGUAGAAAAUGAAAAUACAACCAUAUCCACCGAGAAAAAUGAGACUGAGGAAGCGCAAACUACAGAUGCUCCAAAUGAAAUCGUGCAGAACAGUGAUGCUCCAAAGACUUUAAAUGGAAUAAUAACUGAAGAAGAAACACAAACCGACGCAUCAGGCGCAUCGGUAGAAACAACGACACCAGCAACAGAAACACCAGCCGCCGAAGAAAAACUAGUUCGCAAAAAGCGUCAGCUCGACAUUUUCAGCAGCAUUCUCGGCGGUUCAACGGCCGAAGAAAAGCCGAAAUUCGAAGGUGGCAUCAAUUAUGGCGAUAUGCACACUUACACAAAACAAUUUCCGUAUCCAAAAUAUCGUCGUGAUAAUUUCCUCACCGGUCUGUAUUUGGCGCAAUGCAUUCAAUUGCUGUUCUUCUUUGCGCUUAUUGUGCAAGUUUCGAAUGCAGUCCGUAAUCGCAUUUGGAUGAGAGAGAGCGGAAAUAGCACGUUAAUGAGAAUAAUGGGCUUGAAAAAAUCAUCCGAGAACAUUGCAUGGAUUGUUUCCACGUUCAUUGAUUUUGCGAUCACAUUCUUGAUAUGCGAAAUUAUUCUAUUCAGCGGCGGAGCAAUGCAAACGACUAGCAGAGCCCUUUUGUAUCUAUUCUUAUUGCUUUUUGGCGGUUGUGUCAUUUCUUUCUGCUACAUGGUGUCGACGUUCUUCACAUCGGCUAGCAUUGGAUCGGUCUCGACUGUGAUAUUAUUCCUAAUGACAUACAUGCCUUAUAUUCUGAUCAUAUCUCUCGGUGCAAUUCUGAGCAUGUGCUACCAAUUUCUUGCUAGUUUGUCAUUUGCGACUGCUUUUUGUUAUGCUUGGCGGUAUAUUAUGCGAUUGGAACUGCAACAACGCCCGCUAACGUUUGCCAAUGCAUUCGAUGAAUCAUUUGAAUCGAAUGAAUUCAAAUUUGGCCUUGUGAUGAUUUGCGUUGAUCUCAUUUUGUAUGCAGUUAUCGGUUACUUAUACGAGCGCUUCACCAACGACGAGUUCCAGUUUCAUGAAAUUGAGAAAAAAGACAUGGACUUGGGUAUCGGAGGGGCGAUUCAAAAUUGCACUAAGAAGUAUGCAGGUAGUGAAAAUACGGCGCUUGACAAUGUAUCGAUAGUUUUUCGACGAGAUUUCAUCACAUGUUUACUUGGCCGUAAUGGAGCUGGAAAAAGUACGAUCAUCAAACUGUUGACUGGACAAAUUGCGCCGACAAGUGGUCACGUGUACUGGCCACAAAGUUUCGAUCGAAUCACGGCACACGAUCUCGACGAACGCGUUGGACUAUGUCCACAGAACAAUAUUUUAAUUCCGAAUUUAACGGCGAAAGAGCAUUUGGAGCUGUAUGUCAGUAUCAAAAUGAACGGAAAUGACGGUAGACGAGAAGUGAAUCGCGUGAUGAAAGAUCUUCAGUUCGGUAAACACGAAAAUUACUACUCGCAACAUCUGUCUGGCGGUUUUAAGCGUCGACUUAACGUGGCCAUCGCUUUUAUUUGUUCACCAAAUCUGGUGAUUUUGGACGAACCGUGCAGCGGUGUCGAUAUGAAAGCGCGUAAAAAUAUAUGGGAUUUAAUUUCAGUUCUUCGCAAAGGUCGAGCAGUAGCUUUGGCCACACAUUAUUUGGACGAGGCCGAACAUUUGAGCGAUAGCAUCUUAAUCAUGAAUGAGGGUAAAUGUGUCGCUGAAUACAAUCCCGAUUCGUUAAAAGAUCAAUUCACACGUACAUUCGAGCUUCAUGUGAACUUUGAAAAUGUGGAUAAUUCAAAGGCAACGGAAUUCAUUAAUGCGUUGCUUCAGGAGCACGCUCCCGGAUCGAAGCUGGUCACAAUUUCAACCGAGUCGCUCUUGGUCAAGCUCCCAUAUCGAUCUGAAUCCAGCCAAAUGAUGAACUAUUCACCGUUGAUCAAUAGCAUCGAAGAAAUGGCGAAACAGCAGCAAAUCAAGAGUUUCCGCGUUGUAAGCAGUAAUUUGGAGAAUGUGUUUAAUGAUCUAGUAGUUACAAAGAAAUCCGAAUCGAACGGUCAUACUCACGCCGGCAGUGAUGUCAAUAAGAAAACGGAUAAAGUUAGCCCCAUUGUACAACAAGAAAAACUGCCUGAGUUCGAAGUUAUCAAAAGAUUGCUGAAGAAGCGUUUCUUGCAUUUUAAGCGAAACUAUCGAUUGAUUUUGUGCAUGUUGAUCUUGCCAACACUGUUUGAAAUCAUUGCCAUGGGCUUCAUGAUACUGCGUCCACCCGGCGAACAUGAUAUCGAUUUGCAAUUCUCGCGAAAGCUCUAUUCAAACAGUACCGACGUGUAUAGCAUUGAAAAUGGAGACAUUUGGCAAAAUGAAACAUACAAAGAACUGUCGACUUACUGUGCAGCAAAUGGCGAUGAAUUCGGCAAUAUUUGUAGAUCAUUUGAAUCUUCUGAAAACCUUUUUCGGUGGGUUUUGAACACAACACACGAGUAUCCGACCAGCCGCUACGGAGGAGUGUCGGUAAAUGGAUCACGAGCGGCCGUUUGGUAUAACAACAAUGGCUAUCAUUCAAUGCCGGUAUUCUUGAAUGAACUGAACACGGCAUACUUCAGAAGUCUGAUGAACGACACGGGCUUCAAAAUCACAACCAACAACUAUCCACUGAAAUUGGAUGAUAAGGAACUCAGUCAAUCCUCAAUUCUUCAACAAGUGGCUGACGCAGGUAUUUCGAUUAUUUUGCUGGUGGCAUUCAGUUUGGUGGUUGCCGGUGCAUCGAUCUAUAUCGUAAAUGAGAGACUGAACGGAGAGAAAUUGCAGCAAAAAUUGUGCGGCGUGUCAUUCAAAACGUAUUGGGGCGUUUCAUUUGCAUGGGAUUUCGCAAUAUACCUUAUUGCCCUUAUUUUAGCUGUCAUUGUCUUCAAAAUCUUCAACAUUCCGGCUUAUACAGCAAAAGACAAUUUGUAUGGCAUUGUUUUGUUGCUCGCUCUAUUUGGUUUUGCUGGCAUUCAAAUGGUUCAUGUGUGCGAGAAGCUAUUUACCGAUGCCAGCUUGGCCAAUAUGUACAUUUUGUGCAUGAAUAUUUUGAUUGCCAUGUCAACAAUUGCUACCAUCAUUUUGAUCGAUUUAUUGGGCGAGAGUGAAUGGAGUGCUCAUUUGCGUGAAUUUUUGAAUCGAGCCUUUUUGAUUCUGCCACAACAUGCUCUGGCCGAUGGUUUGAUGGAGAUUUGCAAAAAUCACGUCAUUUCGGAAGUUUUUACGCGCUACUACAUCGACACCUACAAAUCGCCAAUCAGUACCACUUUAAUUUUGCCACAUUACUUCGCCCUGAUCAUCCUUGGCAUUGUAUUCUGGGUGACAAACUACAUCAUCGAAAGUGGCAUGUGGAGAUCCUAUCUGAAGUCGUCAAAAAAUAAGAGAAACGACACCAAUUUGGAAUCAAUUGUCACAUCAAAUGGAACCGUUCCCAAUGGUGAUACCAAGCAUGCAUUCUUCAGCGAAGCUGAAAGUCCUACCGAAAUUGCAUUGAAGGCAGAUUCUCUUUGCAAAACCUACGAUGGAAACCAUGAAGCAGUGAAAGAUGUUACAUUCAGCGUUAAAACAGGAGAGUGUUUCGGUCUAUUGGGAAGCAAUGGUGCGGGCAAGUCGACGAUAUUUUCGAUGUUAUCAGGUGAAUUACAACCAACUUCGGGAACGGUUAGCAUUUUGAAUCGUGAUGAUGGAAUAUCGUAUUGUCCACAGUCAAAUGCACUCGAUAGCUUGCUAACUGUUGAAGAAAUCAUUGAUUUUUAUGGACAAUUGAGACGAAUCAGAAAUAUUGAAGAGGUAUCCGAACACACAUUGAAGUUCUUCCAUUUGGUUCCAUAUCGCAAUGUGUUGGUCAAAAAUCUUAGUGGCGGAAAUCGUCGAAAGCUCAGUGUAGCAGUCACCUGUUUUGGAUCAUCGACAAACGUGCUGAUGGAUGAACCGACCAGCGACAUGGAUCCGGUUACACGGGCAAUUGUUUAUGCGUCAAUCAAUCGAAUUUUGCUUGAAAAUCGUUCGGUUAUCCUAACGUCGCACACAAUCACAGAAAUCGAUCGAGUCUGUGAUCGGAUCGGUAUUAUGCGUCAAGGCAAAAUGAUUGUCACCGCACCACCGCAGCAACUGAAGAUGAUGUAUGGCAAUCGAUAUGUCAUCACUGUCUACUACGACCAAAUUGAAGCCUUGACUAUUGAGCGGGAUAUCAAAAAGGCGAUAUCAAAUAUCGAGAGUUUGAUAGUGCAUAGUCACUGUUUGCAAUUUAGAAUAAAGAUCCGUAAUCCACGUAGCCAAAGUAGCAGCUACGCAAAUGGCACUGUAAAUAAUAACAAUAAUGAAACACAAGUUUCGGAGGCUGUGAUCGACGAUGGAAUGGUCUUAAGUGAUUUAUUUAAUAAGUUGUAUAAUUUAACUGUGGGUCGAGGAAUUACUUACACAAUCACAGAAUGUUUACUGGAUCAAGCAUUUGAACGCGUUUUAAUGUUAGAUGCAGACACAACACAUUCCUAUUGCAAUUCAGCAUACACAUCGGAAACACCAACAUAACCAUACCAGCCAGCAUACAACCGUAUUACCUUUAAUUUCACAAUAUAUAUUUUUUUUCCUUUCGAUAUUAAUGACGUCAAACGUUUUACUAUGUACAAAUUUUGUUUUUAACGAUAGACAAAUGGAAACUGUUUCAAUUAAUGAAGACAUUUAAAACUAGAUUUCACGACUGUAUUUUAGCUGGGUUUAUUUUUGACACUCAUUUGAGUUAUAUAUAUUGCAUACGUAUUUGUGCCUACUUUGUUGGGACGACAUUAAAUGUGAAUGUGCUUUGUAGUCUAAGUAAUCGACGUGUAAACCAAUAAAUCAACUUAAGUAUAAUUAAA